UGUGGACAUCAGUAUACAUAAGUAGCACAUACAUGCAUACAUCUAUACAAAAAACAGAGAGCUCUCUCUCUUUGUGUGAAUAUAUUUGUUUGCUUUUUGAGACAAAAAGAUGACAAAGAGUUUUGUAGUGAAAGCCACACUGUAAACCAGUUUUUCACUUUCCAUGACUUUUGAUUGAUUCUUAGGGUUUUCUUCUUCUUUUUUUCCCUUGUUGUGUUUCUGUCUGGUGAAUUGUGAGGUGGGGUGCUGUUAUUUUAUUCUUGGUGUUGGAGAAACAGUGUAAAGGUGGAAUCUUUUGAUCUUUUGGAGCAAAAUUACUGAGUUUCUUGAUUUUGGAGAAAAAAAGUUGGGAUUUUUGGGCUGAUUUUGAACUCGAAGUGAGUCAAGAUUACUUGUGACCUUAAUAAUUUUGGUGGAACAGGGGAUUUUUUUGUGUUUUAAUGGAUGAUUAGGAGGGAAUUUCCUGUUUUGAAGUGGUCAAAUUGAAGAAAAUGAGGAGUUUUGGGUUCAAUUUAGUCAAGUUGUUUUAAAUUAUGUGGUAGUUCAACACCCUUUCUUGAGUUUUAGAGGCCUGAAACUUUCAAGAAAAUUUGACUUUUUUGGGACUUGAAUUUUGAGAUGCUUUUGCAGAGAGAGAGAGAGAGAGAGAGAGAGAGAGAGAGAGAGAGAGAGAGAGAGAGAGAGAGAGAGUACUAUGUACUUAUAAUUGGUAUCUCUGGAGAUAAAUUUCUUUGUUGAACAGAUAUAGAAAGCAUUUUUUCCAUUGCAAGUGUGGUCAUCCUAAUGGGGAAAUAAGUAGUAUUUAUGAGUUAAGGAGUUGGUUUUGAAUUGAUUGUCAUAUCUGUAAAAUUCUGUUGAAAUCAAGAUGAUUACUUUUAUGGAUCCAAAGGACAAAGUGAAGGAAAUAGAUAAGUGCUUAGAUUCUCAACUAUGGCAUGCUUGUGCUGGUAGUAUGGUACAAAUGCCCCCAAUUAGUUCAAAAGUGUUUUACUUUCCUCAAGGACACUCGGAGCACGCCUGUGGAAAUGUCGAUUUUAGGAGCUCCAACAUUAGGAUUCCAUCUUAUGUUCCGUGUAAAGUCUCGGCUAUUAAAUAUAUGGCAGAUCCUGAGACUGAUGAGGUUUUCGCCAAAAUUAGGCUGAUUCCUGUUAGUAGGAGUGAAGUUGAAUUUGAUGAUGAUGGGGUUGUUGGGAUGAACGGUUCGGAUAACCAAGAUAAACCUACUUCAUUUGCAAAGACAUUGACACAAUCUGAUGCAAAUAAUGGUGGAGGUUUUUCUGUUCCGAGGUAUUGUGCAGAAACGAUCUUUCCUCGUUUGGACUACUCUGCGGAUCCUCCUGUUCAGACCAUCCUUGCUAAGGAUGUUCACGGGGAGACGUGGAAAUUCAGACAUAUUUACAGGGGUACACCAAGGCGCCAUCUUUUAACAACAGGAUGGAGUACUUUUGUGAACCAUAAAAAGCUUGUUGCUGGCGAUUCCAUUGUGUUCUUGAGAGCUGAAAACGGAGACCUUUGUGUAGGCAUUAGGCGGGCAAAGAGGGGAAUUGGAGGUGGACCUGAGACUUCUUCUGGCUGGAAUCCGGCUGGUGGGAAUUGUAUGGUACCGUAUGGAGGGUUUUCCAGUUUUCUCAGGGAAGACGAGAAUAAAUUAAUGAGAAAUGGGGGGAAUGGAAACAGUAGUGGGAAUUUGAUGAACAGGGGAAAGGUGAAGGCAGAAUCAGUCAUUGAAGCUGCAAGUUUUGCAGCCAGUGGACAGCCAUUUGAGGUGAUCUACUACCCUCGUGCGAGCACUCCAGAAUUCUGCAUUAAGGCCUCACUUGUGAAGUCUGCGUUGCAGAUCCGUUGGUGCUCGGGGAUGAGGUUCAAGAUGCCUUUCGAAACUGAAGAUUCUUCAAGGAUAAGCUGGUUCAUGGGAACUAUAUCUUCAGUUCAGGUUGCCGAUCCUAUGCGAUGGCCAGAUUCACCGUGGAGGCUUCUUCAGGUGACGUGGGACGAACCUGAUCUGCUUCAAAAUGUGAAACGUGUCAGCCCAUGGCUUGUGGAGUUAGUCUCGAACAUGCCUACCAUUCAUCUUUCUCCCUUCUCACCCCCACGGAAAAAACUAAGAUUACCUCAACAUCCAGAUUUUCCUCUUGAUGGCCACCACCUUCCUAUGCCGGCUUUCUCCGGCAACCACCUCCUAGGGCCUAGUAGCCCCUUUGGUUGUCUUCCCGACAACACCCCUGCUGGCAUGCAGGGAGCCAGGCAUGCUCAAUAUGGUUUAUCAUUAUCAGAUAUCCACCUCAAUAAGUUGCAUUCUAGUUUGUUUCCUGUUGGUUUUCCGCCACUUGAUCAGGCUGCAGCACACCCUAGACCCCCGAAUAGUCCAAUGAUUCGCAAGCCAUGCAACAGCGAGAAUAUUUCUUGCUUGCUAACCAUGGGAAAUUCUACUCAGGACACUACGAAGAAAUCUGAUAUUGGGAAAGCACCACAACUCGUGCUUUUCGGUCAACCUAUACUUACUGAGCAGCAGAUCUCUCUUAGCUGCUCGGGAGAUACUGUUUCUACUGUUCGUACAGGGAAUAGUUCCUCGGACGGGAAUGCAGAUAAAAUAGGUAAUGUUUCUGAUGGCUCAGGUUCUGCUCUUAAUCAACGUGGUCUAACGGAAAGCUCACCACGUGACACAUUUCAGUCCGAACCAAAUACUGAGAUUGGACACUGCAAGGUUUUUAUGGAAUCAGAAGAUGUAGGUCGCACUCUGGAUCUUUCAUCGAUAGGAUCUUAUGAGGAGUUAUGCAGGAAAUUGGCAAAUAUGUUUGGCAUUGAAAACUCAGAGAUUCUUAGUCAUGUGCUUUACCGAGAUAUCACUGGCACGGUCAAGCAACUUGGUGACGAACCAUAUAGCGACUUCAUCAGAACAGCACGAAGGUUAACAAUUCUAACUGAUUCAAGCAGCGAUAAUGUUGGACUCAGGGAGUAGAGAUAAUAAGGAAAUCUCCACUUUCCUUUCGAGCUGUACAGCUGGAUGAUCGAGUCCUCUGUUCCUAACAUUUUAACGAUUUCGGACAUGCUAAAGAAGAUAUUUACCAAGUUCAAGAGUGGAAGUUUGCGGAGCAAACUUUUAAGUUCGAACGCCCUUUUUCUCAAGGACAGUAUGUUUACUUUCUAGGUUUCUUGGAAUUGUUUCUGAGUUUUGUUCAGACAAUACCUACAAAGAACAAGAUGGACUUGCUUUUUGUAGGCUUUGUCUGCUAAUUUUAGAAUUUGUUAAUGGAAAGCCUUCUAAGAAGGCUAAGUAAUGCUACUUCUAGUUUUUUGUUUACUUUGUACAAGGAAAAAUCUGUUCUUUUUUCUAUCUAUUGCAUACAGUUAAAAACUUGAGAAACUGUAAACUUAGUUUGCUUAGGCUGCUUAUAUCAUAAGCCUUGGGGUGCGGCCCUUACUCGGA